AUGGUAAUGGCACUUAAACAGUUCCCUUUCCUAAUCAAAGCCCUAACCUUUCCCACAAUCCCACGUCCGGCGACAACCAAACCCUCGAGUCCUCUCCUCCGCCCAAAACCCAUCAAGCCGAUCACCGUCAAAAUGUCGUCGGCGGGAUGGUCCUGCAAGAAGUGCACGUUCAACAACUCCCCUACUUCCAAAUCCGCCUUUAAAAUCUGCCUCACCCCGGUUUCUCCUCCUCACGUCGCCAUUUCCCCUUCUUCCGAUGACGAAUCGCAGCAGUGGGCCUGCGAGGCCUGUACUUUGCUCAACUCGUUCAAGAACUCCGACUGCGUAAUGUGCGGCACAAGGGCUCCUCGUCCCUUUUCCGACGAUACUUCCAUCGAAUCCGAAUUGGAUCCUUUGGUUGGCUCCGUUUUCCUUCCCUUGAGGUCCUGCAAGAGGAAAGCGGCUGAUUUUGAUGGUGGCGGGCAGAAGGGUUCUGCGGAGCUGGGUGGAGGUAAUGGGCUGAAUUCAUCCAAAAGGCUGGUCCUGUCCAAGGAUUUUGUUUCGAGCUCAGAACAUGAUAGAUUGGAAUUGGGUGGAGUUAGGGCGCUAGACAAGGCUGCUUCUGUUACUGUUCUAAAGGGUGAUGUCGAUUCACCUAAGCUUGCAAGCUCUCUGAAGAUCUUGAGCUACAAUGUCUGGUUUCGAGAGGACUUGGAAUUGCGUCGGAGGAUGAAAGCAAUUGGAGACUUGAUUCAGUUGCAUUCCCCUGAUAUUAUAUGCCUUCAGGAGGUUACUCCGGAAAUAUUCGACAUAUUUCAGAGAUCCACUUGGUGGAAAACGUAUCGGUGUAAUCUUUCAAGUGAGACACCAAGUUCAAGCGCCUACUUCUGCAUGCAGUUAAGCAAGCUUCCUGUUAAAUCCUUCAGCAUAAGGCCUUUUUGGAACUCCAUAAUGGGGAGAGAGCUGUGUAUUGCUGAGCUUCAAAUUGGGGGAAACAAGCCACUAGUUGUUGCCACUAGCCACCUCGAGAGCCCCUGCCCGGGCCCACCAAAAUGGGAUCAAAUGUUCAGCAAGGAACGAGUAGUUCAGGCGAAUGAGGCUGUCAACAUCCUGAAGGAGAAUCGUAAUGUGAUCUUUGCCGGUGAUAUGAACUGGGAUGACAAGUUGGAUGGCCAGUUUCCCUUACCUAGCGGAUGGAUUGAUGCCUGGGCAGAGUUGAAGGCAGGGGAUAAUGGAUGGACAUACGACACCAAGUCCAACCAGAUGUUGACCGGAAAUAGGACACUACAGAAGAGACUCGAUCGAGUUUUAUGCUGUCUGCGAGAUUUCAGCGUCAGUAGUAUCGAAAUGGUUGGGAAGGAGGCUAUACCUGGGUUAUCAUACAUAAAAGAGAAGAAAGUUAGGCAGGAGGUGAAGAAGCUCGAGCUUCCUGUUUUGCCAAGUGACCAUUAUGGGUUGCUCUUAACUCUUUCUGCAAAGUAAUGGCUUUGGGAAUGAUUGUGUAGUCAAAGCACAGGAGGCAAGAAAUCUGUCUCCAUUUUGGUCAUUGCUUUGAUUUAUGAGAUUUGUAAGGACAUGAAAAUAUUCCGCUAUGCUUAUGUUUUGAACAGAAUACAUGACAAUUGACAAGCUCACAUUUCUUUAAGUAGUGCUUUUAUUUUUGGUG